UUACGUAAACUGAGAUGUUUACAUUACAUCUAAGAAUUUGUCAAAGUUUGGGAUGGGUUGCGUCCUCCUAUCACACACACAGUAAUGUUUUCUCUUGAGUUAUGGCGUGGUUUUUACAGGAUCAUUUUCCUGGGACAUUCUGAGGUUAGAGAAAUUGUCAAUGUAAUUUACAACACUGUUUUUUCAGAGAUGAUGGGAAUAAGCACACCCCUCAGGGAUGACUCACAGCAAAGCACAUCAGGUUUCAAUUACAAGAAGAAAAAAACUAUGCAGACACAGUUCAUUGCCCCGGGACAUGAUAUUUAAACGGGUGUGUGUGUUUGUGUGUCAGUGACAGAUAAAGCACCGAGCAGACCUCUCUGUCAGAUCACAGCUUCUUCACUUGUAGAGUAGACCGGUUUCACCUGGAGGAUCGAUCACAGAGAUGAGGCUCUGUGCCUGGGCUGGAGCUCGCUGUCUCCUGCCUGUCCUGGUUCUUCUGACUGUCCUCCAUGUCAAAGCAGACCAGCAGCCACCCAAGGAGAGACACUAUUACAUCGCUGCUGUUGAGAUCGACUGGAACUACUCUGGAAAUGACACACACAGGGUCGGUCCCACCUAUAAGAAAGUGGUCUUUCGGGAAUAUGACGAAGACUUCAGACAGGCGAAGACUCAUCCCUCCUGGCUAGGUCUCCUCGGACCCACACUGAGGGCGGAGCAGGGCGAGACUAUUGUGGUCACUUUCAGAAACAUGGCCACCGGACCGCACAGCAUCCACCCACACGGGGUCGCUUACGGGAAACAGUCAGAAGGAGCCCACUACUUUGACAACACAUCACAGAAAGAGAAAGAGGAUGAUGUAGUGCAGCCGAACAGAGAACACGUUUACUACUGGGAGGUGACGUCACAGGUUGCUCCACAGCAACAUGACCCCACCUGUCUCACCUACACCUACAUCUCCCACAAAAAUGUUGUGCAGGACUACAACUCAGGCCUCAUUGGUGCUUUACUCAUCUGCAAGCCUGGCAGUCUGGAUGAGUCGGGGAAACAGAAAGCCGUCCACCAGGAGUAUGUGUUCCUCUUCGGGGUGUUUGAUGAGAGAGAGAGCAAGUACAAACCAUACAGCUACGGCAACAAUGUGAAAUACACCAUCAACGGAUACACGAUGGGAUCUCUACCUGACGUCAGUAUGUGUGCCUAUGCCUCUGUGAGCCUGCACCUGCUGGGUAUGAGCUCAGAGCCCGAGGUGUUCUCAGUGCACAUGAACGGGCAGGUGCUGCAGCAGAACAGCCAUAAAGUGUCAUCAGUGGGCCUGAUCAGCGGCUCCACUGCCACCGCCAGCAUGGUGGCGCUCCACACAGGCCGCUGGCUGCUCUCCUCUCACACCAUCAAGCACAUGGAGGCUGGCAUGCAUGGUUUCGUGGAUGUGAAAAAGUGUGACGGCUUCAAAGCGCCCCUGCGACGGAUGACCACUGAACAGAAACGAUACAGCAGGGAGUGGAUAUACUACAUAGCUGCUGAGGAGAUUGUCUGGGACUAUGCACCGAAUAUGCCAGAACACGUUGACGAGGACUUUAAGUUCCAGUACCUGAGACAGUCCUCGACACGCAUCGGUGGGAAGUACAAGAAGGCCGUGUACACGCUGUACAAAAAUGAGUCAUUCACCGAGAAGUUAGAGUCCAAGCAAAGGAAAAAUGAGCUCGGCAUCUUGGGCCCGGUGAUCAAAGCGCAAAUCAGAGAUGUCAUCAAGAUUGUCUUUAAGAACAUGGCCUCCAGGCCCUACAGCAUCUACCCACAUGGACUGACGAUAGAGAAGUCAGAUGAAGGAGUCAACUACCCAGCAGGAGGCAACCAUUCUCAUGGCGUUCAGCCAGGUGAGACACACACCUACAUAUGGAAAGUGGUCGACGAGGACGAGCCUUUCGACGCAGACUCUCGAUGUCUGACACGACUGUACCACAGCGCAGUGGACACACCGCGAGACAUCGCCUCGGGACUGAUCGGACAAAUCCUCAUCUGCAAGAGUCGGUCCCUCAAUAUCAGGGGUGUGCAGCUGAAGGCAGACAAGGAGCAGCAUGCUAUGUUGGCUGUAUUCGAUGAGAACAAGAGUUGGUAUGUGGAUGAAAACAUUCGCCAAUACUGCGAUCGAUCCAGAGUCAACAAGGCAGACCCGGACUUUUAUAAGUCCAAUGUCAUGCACACAAUUAAUGGCUAUGUGUUUGAGAGCGGCCCGCUCUUGGGCUUCUGCAACGGUGAGAUUGCAACAUGGCACGUGUCCAGCAUUGGAGCACAGGACUACAUCCAGACGGCUACUUUCUAUGGCCAUCCAUUUGAGGUGAAUGGGCGGACAGAGGACAUCCUCAGCCUCUACCCUAUGACUGGAGAGACCAUCACGAUGAACAUGGACAACAUUGGUGUCUGGCUCCUCGCUUCCCUGAAUUCCCAUGAGACAACCAAAGGAAUGCGUGUUAAGUUCCAGGAUGUCGAGUGCUAUCGCGACCGCAUGUAUGAGUACAACGACUACGACGAUCCAACGGUGAACAAAGAAUUUACCGAGUGGAACCCUAUGAGCUUGGAUGAGAUCAAGAAGAAAGAAGAGAAGCCAAAACCUGCAAAAGAAACGCCCAAGGAGCCAGACAUUUACACGGAAAUGUUUGCAGACGAAUUAGGUCUCAGGUCUAAGAAGAACCAAACUAUUGACACAGAUGUGGAGGAGCUGGACCUCUCUUUCCUCGACUAUGAUGUUAUUGAUGUUGACAGAGAUAUGGAUAUCACCUUUAACUACAAGGAGACAAAGGAUAUAAGUGUGACCUCUAUUUCAGAGCCAAAUGCACUAAAUGAGACAUUAUUUUCAAACUGGAAUGAGACAGAUGGAUUAAACCUUACAGCAGUUAAUUUGCUGAACCAAAGCAUCAGUGAGAAUACAACACAUAUGCACAACAGUAGUACGCCAUCAACUUUUGGCAAUUCUUCUGUGAAUAAAACAGAGAACAUAACCACUUUUUAUAGCCCAGAUAUAUUACUCAAGAAUGACAGCAUAACUACAAAUAGCAGUGUUGUUGCAGAGAUUACCAAUUUUACGGUAACACUACAAGAAACUGCCAAUCUUACUGUAACUUUAAAUUCAAGCUCCAUCUUGGACACUGAAAGAAUGAAUGCAACCCUGACUGGUGAUAACCAGACUUCUGAGGACGUGAUCUUGGAGGAGGACUCCGAGGAGAGACUCACCAGAGGGGACGUGUUUUCUUACUCUGUGCCGCUAUCCAAUACCAGCACCAACAAUCAGAGUACGCCAGAGGGCAACGCAACCAAGGAUGAUGUGAAUAGCACAGCGGCUAACGUGUCAGCAGAUGGAACAAACCGUUCAUCGUCUAUUAUAACAGCUGAUGUUGGAGAGUUUAACAUUAGCAGCGUAGACAGAAGCAACUUGACCAUCUUAGAGUUGGGGGUGGAGAACAAAACCAGUGACAAUGACUCCCUGAUCACCACAGCAAAGCCGGAGCAUGCACUUAAAAUUAAUUCCUCUGAAAAUGUGACUAUUCCAGCCAAUUCCAGCAUAGAAAAUGUAACAAACGUUUUGCUCGAAACUGGGCCCCAGAAUGUCACAGUGAAUAUAUCCAGAUCAAAUUCAUCAGAGGAGAUUAUUUUAGAGAGUAGGGAGAAUGUCACAGCUCUUCUUGAUGAGUUGAACCGCACAUCUUCUGCAGAACGUUUCUCCAAUGAGACCCAGUCCCUCUCCAGUUAUGCAGUAAGCGAUUCUGAGAGCAUGGAAGAAGUGCUCAUCUACCUCACAGAAAACCAAACAGAGGUGAUUAAAACCACCUCCGUCAAAACGGUGGGCCACAACUGGACUUAUGAGGGAACUCACCAAACGGAACUUGUGGAGAUUCCCGACUACAUGAUGAAAUAUUUCGGGAAAGAAACCCCUAAAACGACGCCAAUUCCAAAAAAGAAGACCAAGAAGGUGAACAUGCGACAGUGGCCCCAGAAGGGCCAAGGCAUGAAAACAAAGAGGAGGAAGGAGUACAAGGCUCAAGCCAGGAUUGGCUUACCAUUCUCCCCUCGUGGAUUCAAUCCAGGUCUAACCCCGCGUGGGUCACGACCCAUUCCUCCACAACCUGUCUCUGAUGAGAAGCAGCUCAUUAACGAGCCUGUGGUCAUCGGCGUGCCCCGGCCCGAUUUCAGUGACUACGAGCUGUAUGUUCCCGGGGACGAUCCGGAUCAUCUACAGCUGGAGGGGGAAAAUGUGAACGCAGAUGAAUAUGAGUAUGUAACCUACAUAGACCCUUACAGCGGUCAUGAAGACAUCAAGAAUCUCAACCUGGAUGACACCACCAAAUACUACUUGAAAUUCUCAGGCCCAAAUGUGAAGACUUACUUCAUCGCUGCAGAGGAGGUUGAGUGGGACUACGCUGGCUACGGACAGAGAAGGCAAGACAAUUCGCAACAAGACAGCAGACAAACAAAGUUCACCAAAGUGGUUUUCCGAGCUUACUUGGACAGCAGCUUCAGCACGCCGGACAUCCGUGGAGAGAUGGAUGAGCAUCUGGGCAUCCUGGGACCGGUCAUCAAGGCGGAGGUCGAACAAAGCAUCAUGGUGGUGUUCAGGAACAAAGCCCACCGUCCGUACUCCUUACACCCAAAAGGGGUUUCCUAUACCAAGCAGACGGAGGGUCUGUCCUAUGAGGAUGGCUCUAAGUACUGGUAUAAAUAUGACAACGAGGUUCAACCCAAUACCACCUACACAUACAUAUGGAAGGUCCAUUCUAUGGUUGGGCCAAUGCCAGGGGAGUCUCACUGUCGGACAUGGGCCUACUAUUCAGGCGUUAAUCCUGAAAGGGAUAUCCACUCUGGCCUGAUUGGGCCUCUGCUGGUGUGUCGAGAGGGCACCCUGGCCACAGAGGUACCAAACAUGAGGGAGUUCAUGCUGCUUUUCAUGACCUUCGAUGAGUCGCAGAGCUGGUACUACGAGGAGAACUACGAGAUGAUGCAGAGGAAAAACCGAAGGAGAGUUAUGGACCCCCACCUCAAGGACAACCUCAAGUUCCACUCCAUCAAUGGCAUUACAUACAACCUGAAGGGCCUGAGGAUGUACACCGACCAGCUGGUGUGCUGGCACCUGAUCAACAUGGGUUCUCCCAAAGACUUUCAGAGCGUCCACUUCCACGGACAGACGUUCAUCCACAAGAAGAUCACCAGCUACAGACAGGCCGUCUACCCGCUGCUACCUGGGAGCUUUGCUACUCUGGAGAUGUAUCCAUCCAAACCUGGCCUGUGGCAGCUGGAGACGGAGGUCGGUUUCAGCCAACAGAAGGGCAUGCAGACCCUCUUUCUGGUUCUAGAUAAUGACUGCUUCCGCUCGCUGGGUUUAGAAUCAAGCAGCGUGAAAGACGAGCAGAUCACAGCAAUCAACACUAGAAGAUACUGGGAGCCACAUCUUGCCAGACUGAACAACCCGGGGAAAUACAACGCAUGGAGCACAGAACAGAACAGGAGCUGGAUUCAGGUGGACUUCCAGCGGCCAGUUGUGAUAAGCCAGGUGGCCACACAGGGAGCCAGGGAGAUGUUCUAUUCGCAGUAUGUGGUGGAGUACACCAUCUCCUACAGCACCGACCGCCGGAAGUGGAUCUUCUAUAAGGGCGACAGCAGGAGCUUCAGGAAGGUAUUCACUGGGAAUCAGGAUGCCAAUGAGGUAAAGACAAACACCUUCUUUCCUCCUGUGAUUGGACGGUUCAUCAGGCUGCACCCCAUCAAGUGGCACAACAAGGCCACCGUCCGCAUGGAGUUCUAUGGCUGUGAGCUUGACGGCUGCUCGGUGCCUCUGGGGAUGCAGAGCAGAGCAAUAGAAGACCAUAGCAUCACAGCCAGCUCCACGGCUUCCAGCUGGUACGCUGGAGCUUGGAAAUCCUCUUUCGCACGCCUCAACAAACAGGGCUCCGUCAAUGCAUGGCAGGCUAAGUACAGUGACAUGAAUCAGUGGCUUCAGGUGGAGCUGCCCGAAAUUACAAAGAUCACAGGUAUCAUAACGCAAGGAGCCAAGUCUCUGGGGAAAGAGAAGUACGUCAUGUCCUACGCUCUGCAGUACGGCAACGAUGGGAUGCACUGGAGCCGCUACACAGACGAUGAGAGCAUCUCUUCCAAGACUUUUUGGGGAAAUACAGAUAACAACGAACACGUGAAGAACUACAUCUACCCUCCUAUUUUCGCCCGUUUCAUCCGAAUCAUCCCCAGAAGCUGGAUGAACUCCAUCACCAUGAGAAUAGAGCUGCUGGGCUGUGACUUUGAGUGAUAAUAUACACACAGACAGACACAUCCAUACCAAAUGUUGACAGGUCAAGUCAACCAUGCACAUGCAAGUUAACACACAUGCUGACUGAAUCAUGUAGCGUAAGCCCAGACAUAUGCACAUCCACUCCCACACAUAACGGUCAUAUAUGGAGGAUACUACAUACAGAAAUAUACUAACUCACAGCCUUUGUGUUCAAGCAAAAGAAAACAUACUUUUAUUACUUAUAGGCCAUUUUUUUUAACUCAUCCUAUGUGCCGAAUAUAUACCCAGUUAAAAUAGUUGUAAAACUCAUUUGUAAGUGCUGUACAUGUGAGUAAUAUUAACCCUUUUGUCAAUAGUUUUACAUGUUUUUGAGAUAAUAUAUUUUCAUUUUGUCUAUCACAAAUGACUAUAAAUGGAUGUAAAUAUGUAAGUAGAGAUUGUAUAAUUUAUAUUUUAAUAAAUAUGAUUAAUAUUCUUA